CGGUCAUGGCAGCUGGAUGCAGGAAGCAACUGUCCUCAGAAUAGAAAUAAACAAGGAGAGAAUGAUCUUUGGGGAAACUCCCCAGUUUUAAGUAGUGUUUUCGGGCUAACGUUAGUCUUUAUUUUAGGUGCUGUGAAAUAUGGCUACGACCGCCCAGUUAUUCGAGGAACCAUUUGAUGCUGAUGAGUACAUCGAGAGACUUGCUUGGAGAACUCCUGGAGGAGGCUCUAAAGGAGGAGCUGAGGCAUUUGACCCCAAAAAAUUGCUUGAGGAAUUUGUAAACCACAUUGAGGAGCUGAAACAACUGGAUGAAAGGAUCCAGAGGAAGGUGGAGAAGUUGGAGCACCAAUGCCACCGUGAAGCCAAGGAGUUUGCCCACAAGGUCCAGGACCUGCAGAGAAGCAACCAAGUAGCCUUCCAGCACUUUCAGGAACUUGAUGAACAUAUCAGUUACGUGGCCACUAAGGUUUGCCACUUGGGGGAUCAGCUAGAAGGAGUGAAUACCCCAAGACAGAGGGCCGUGGAGGCACAGAGGCUCAUGACUUACUUCAAUGAGUUCCUGGAUGGAGAGCUGCGUAGUGAUGUCUUCAACAAUCCAGAAAAGAUAAAAGAAGCUGCUGACAUCAUUCAGAAGUUGCACCUGAUCGCUCAGGAGCUGCCGUUUGAUAGAUUUUCUGAUGUCAAGGCCAAGAUAGCAAGUAAGUAUCAUGACCUUGAGCGGCAGUUGAUCCAAGAGUUUACAGCGGCUCAGAGGAGAGGAGAGAUUGGACGCAUGCGGGAGGUGGCGGCAGUCCUGCUACAUUUUAAGGGUUAUGCCCACUGCGUGGAUGUCUACAUCAAGCAGUGUCAGGAGGGAGCAUAUAUGAGGAAUGACGUUUUUGAAGACAUUGCCCUUUUGUGUCAGCGGGUAAAUAAGCAAGUUGGAGAAGUCUUCUGCAGUCCAGAGACUGUCAUGGCUAAGCUCAUUCAGAGCAUCUUUGAGAACAAGAUACAGGCGCACGUUAAAGAAAGACUAGAUGGGACCCGCAACUCUGACGUGGAGCAAUACCUCAAAAACCUAUAUGACCUCUAUACACGGACAACGGCACUGGCUGCUAAGCUCACAGACUUUAACUUGGGCUCAGACAAACACACGUUUCUGUCCAAGCUGAUAAAGAACAUCUUCUCCUGUUAUCUGGAGAGCUACAUAGAUAUGGAGCGACAAUAUCUGCAAAGCCGCAGCGGCAUGAUUCUCCAGCGCUUCUACGACUCAAAGAACCACCAAAAACGUCCUGUAGGUGCGGGCAGUAUCCAGGAACUAAAAGAGAAGAUUAGACAACGCACUAACCUGCCACUGGGACCUAGUAUUGACACACAGGGAGAGACCCUGCUCUCACAAGAAGUUGUAGUGAACCUGCUGCAGGAAACUCGACAUGCUUUUGAGAGAUGCAACAAGUUGUCUGACCCUGCAGAUUUACCAAAAAAUGCAUUCUCCAUCUUUCUGCUUUUGGUGGAAUACCUGUGUGUGGACCAUAUAGACUAUGCCCUUGAGAUUGGGCUUUCAGCAAUCCCAUCUGCGGAUGCCAAAAAUGCCAACCUGUACUUCCUGGAUGUGGUCCAGCAGGCCAACACAAUCUUCCACCUCUUUGAUAAGCAGUUUAACGAUCAUCUGAUGCCUCUUAUUAGCUCCUCGCCUAAGUUGACAGAGUGCCUGCACAAGAAGAAAGAAGUUAUCGAACAGAUGGAGGUGAAGCUGGACACUGGAAUUGAUAGGACACUGAAUUGCAUGGUUGGCCAGAUGAAGCACAUCCUGGCCACUGAGCAGAAGAAAACAGACUUCAGACCAGAAGAUGAGAACAAUGUCAUGAUACAGUACACCACAGCAUGCUCAAAGGUUUGCGCCUACUUGAGCAAGCAGGUGGAGCGUGUGCGGAGAUCCAUGGAUGGUAAGAAUGUGGACACAGUUUUGACGGAGCUGGGAGUGCGAUUCCACAGGCUGAUCCAUGAGCACCUGCAGCAGUUCAGCUACAGCUCCAUGGGUGGCAUGCUAGCCAUCUGUGAUGUGGCAGAGUACCGUCGAUGUGCCAAAGAUUUCAGGGUUCCUCUUGUGCUCCAGCUCUUUGACACGCUUCAUGCUCUGUGUAACCUCUUGGUCGUCGCCCCGGACAACCUCAAACAGGUGUGCUCUGGCGAGCAGUUAACCAACCUUGACAGGAACCUCCUCCAUGCUUUCGUCCAGCUAAGAGUAGACUACCGCUCAGCCCGACUGGGCCGGCAUUUCAGCUAAUGACUGGCAGGGCUGCCCAAUUACUGCACAGCCUACCAUACAGCCGUCCAUUCAAAGCUGCCCUACUGCAAGACAAAAAAACACAAGCGGACAAUUUUGAGAGGCUUUUAGCGGCCUUUGUGUGUUAUUCAAUGUGGACAUUAAACCUGAUGUUUAAAAAACAAAACAGUAACAAUUUCAAGACCCAACACUUCCCUAUUUUAUUAAUUUUUUAAGUUGCCUGUUUUAUCUGAAAUGUGCUUGUUUUUGUUCAUACCUUAAGUUGGAGAAUAUAAAUCUGUAAUAUAGUGUAGAGGGCUGUUUUGUACAUUUCCCCGCUUCUGGACUUCAUUUGUGGGACAAUGAUGUUAAAUGAACUGAGGUGGACUGUCAAAUGAUUCUGCUACUGGACUUGGGUUGUCGAAAGACCCAAUUUUAUUUGCUUUUAUUUUGAUUGUGCCAAAUCAACCUCCGUGGCUCUGCUGGGAUGAGAGGGGGCAGUUCAGCGCGCUGCUCUGGAUCAAUGAGCUUGCCCGGCUCGUUUCGCUCAGGCUGUUGUGCACACACGGGGCUUCGCAGGAAGAAAAAGCCUUUCUUUGAACAGAACAAUAGAGAUGUUAUUCAUGUUGCCAUGCUUUGAAAGCUAAUUCAGUCCUAUUUUCAUUUCAUACUCAUAAUAUUAAUGAACAAGAGGGCAGGUGAUUGUUUUGAAUGUGAGUACUGCAAGGUCUGUAGUUAUCCGUUCCUAAUAUGCUCAGUGCUAAAAUAUACAAUUUUCAGUGAAAUGCAGUUCACACGUAACAUUUCUAAGAUAAAACUAAUAACUACUGCAUCAGUCUAAUAACAAAAUAUUGCCUUACAUUCUGAUUGUUUCCAUAUACUGUAAUUGUUGAAAAAUGAUUGGUUCACAACAUGAUUGGUUUUAGACAUAGCUUGGGUUACAGGAAAUGGUGUAGGGUUUUCCGAUGAGUGAUACUUUGAUGCUUGAUUAGUAUCUUGUGUUUUUAGUUUGAUAAAAGUAUGGAUAUGGUGAAUCUCAACCAUGAGAAGUCACAAACGAUUAAUUCAAGAGCACAUUCAUCAGUUGAGUAUGUGUUGAAUGCAGUGAUGUCAUAUGACUAGUCGAACUCUAACCCUUCACCUCUGUUGAAAAGCUUGGGGCCAAGAUCUCUGACCCUUGGGUUUGACCUAGGUGUUAGUCAGUUAAAAAUGAUAAGAUGGUUUGUUUCUGUUGACUGUACUGCAUUCUAACAUGAAUUCAGGUCAAAAUGAUCCUGCACAUGCAACUGAAUCAUCUGUAAAGCUACUCGUCGAUUAUUUCUGAAAAUAAAAUGUGUGAA